AUGUCGAAUCUCUCUAAACUUGAAUUUGUAGCCCUUGAUAUAUCGGGAAAAAGCUACAUGUCUUGGGUGCUUGAUGCUGAAGUUCAUCUUGAUGCGAUGGGUCUGCCAGACACCAUCAAGGACAAAAAUCAAGCAUCAAACCAAGACCGUGCCAAAGCAAUGAUAUUCCUACGCCAUCACCUUGACGAGAGCCUGAAAAUGGAAUAUCUUACUCAGCAAUAUCGAGAGAUGGGAUUCAAAAAGUAUUCUGAACUUAUCUCACAUCUUCUUGUAGCUGAGCAACAUAAUGGGAUAUUAAUGAAAAACCAUGAAAGCCGACCUACUGGUUCAUGUCCAUUCCCUGAAGUGAAUGAGACGAACUUCCACCAAGCUAAGCGUGGAAGAGGUCGUGGCCCCAGUUGUGGUCAUGGCCGUGAUCAUGGAAGAAACUUUAAUAAUGGUAAUAAUAAUGCACCAAAGAACCCUCCUCGUCACCAUCAGUGGAAAAGAAAGGAACAAAAGCAUGAAGUGGUGCAAGCACCAACUGCAGAAAAUGCAUGCUAUAGAUGUGGAGGAAAAGGGCACUGGUCACGUACUUGUCGUACGCCAAAGCACCUGGUCGAGCUUUAUCAAGCCUCCGUAAAGAAGACAGAGAAAAAUGCCGAAGCAAAUUUUAUUUCUGAAGAUAAUUUAUAUUUCAUGCAUUUGGAUGUGACUGAUUAA